GGAAUAGUCCAGAAUAAAAUUUUAGUUCUUAUUUUAGACUCGCGCUUUUAAGAGUUUCUAAACUGUAGUUUGACUAUUCAAUAUAAAUUCGCCAUUGUAUUAACAAAUCAAAAUGGCGGCUUGCAACUUUAUGUUUAAUGCUGUUGUCAGUCGCUUGGACACACCCAACUGGCAAGAUUUGGAUAUUCAAAAGCUAAAAGUCGUUGCUGAACUCAAUAAUUUACCAUUAACAAUAACAGCGAGUAGAAUUAACAUGAGCGAUGUGGAGCCGCAAACUGGCAUUGAGUUCAGCUCUGGAAUUGAGCAAUUGCGCUUGAAUCUCAUACAGUGCGGCAUGCCCAUAACUGUUUUCUAUGGCGAAGAAAUCAUAGGCAAUAGUCUGAUUAAUUUUCCGACAACUGUUACUGACUUGGUAACUGAGGACAUGGGAAACAUUAUGCACUGCGGCAGCUGCAGCUUUGAAAGGCAGGGCGUGGUCUUUGGCAGCAUUGAAAUACUUUGCUGCCUGGCCACAAAGUGCGAUGAAGAUGCAAAUAAGUCGAAAAGCAAACGCUUGUGCUAUCAAGACAAUAUUAAUCCCGAAGACAUUCUGUUUGUUAUGGCCGACACCGAACGCUGCCCCUGUCCCUGUGAUCCUUGUCUAGAUACGUGGGUGGACGAAGAUUCAGAACAGGAUCAUAUACAACUGGGCUUUAUGCGCUAUGAAAGCUUUAAUGCUAAGCAGCUAAAGCCUGAAGUGAACUUUAUGCACGAUCCUACAGGCAAAUCCAUCUGCAAUGAAAUAAAGCAAAUGGCGCAAGACUAUGAUGAUAUUGUCGAGUCGAUUGCGAAGCUUAAUGGUCAACGUCCAAAUUUUAAGCCAACUGCGCACAAGUCGGAGCUGCAAGUCAAACAGUCCAAACCAUUUGAGGAAACUGCCAAGAGUGAACCAAACUAUGCGUCCUGCUCUUAUAUGCCUGUUACUCAAGUGAGUUGUCGCUGCAAGUCCAAGUCAUCGUCUAGCGAAGGACAAGCUAAGGGUCAGCGCUGUCCUGUCUGCUUAACCGACAGAACUUGGUUGCCCAAAUUCACUGCCUGCCCCAAAUGCGGCGCUAAGCCAACACCAGCGGUGGCUGAGCCGCCGGCGAAGCCAAAAGAACCGACGGCGGAAAAAAUACUCAUCGAGUAUCUUGGUAAGCCGCCCCCCACCAUUGACAGCUACUGCGCAGAUCCUUGUGCAAAGCCACAGGAAAAUGAAGACACCGAAGAUGAGUGUCGCUGUUAUUGCAAAUGCAAGUACAACAAAGUUUGUGCCCACUGUCGCAUACGUGAAAUGGUCGCGGAUGUGUACAAGGCCAAGAAGCGACUGAAGCAAGCGAAAUGCAUCAAGCCUGAGCCACGCACAGCUGAAGAAUGCUGCGUGCUGAAAAAGAAAAGCUCUGAAAGCUUUCGACCCUUUUUGGAGCAAGUGUUCUCAGAGCUGCGAGAUCUCUACGAUCUGAAGAGUGCCAGAGGAGAGCCCAUACCGGAGACCCAGAAACACACCAUCGUAGAGCCAGGUCCGAGCACAGCGCGAGUCUCCCAUAGAAGAAUGACACUCGGCGAGAAUAGACCACGUCGCAGCGGCAGGCAAUCAAUGAUACAGAAGGGUCAUAUACCGGAAAGUCGACCAAUGCAAUUUGGGCAUAAGCAUUGCCUGGAGCGCGGCCACAGCAUACCCAGUCGACAUGGCUGGAACUGGCUUGCCAGCACUGAAGCACGCCGAUAUGGCUGGCGACCAGGCUGCGUAACCAAGCGCAUCAAAAAGCUGAUGAACUUCUUCUUGGAGUACACGCCAAAGAGCAAAGAAGUGCUAGAGCAGCAGCAAAAAGCAAAGCAAGCCAAGCAAAAUGAGCGACCCAUACUCAAUGUGACCAAGCGUAAUGGUGAAAUUUUCAUUACUUUGACAGCUGUGAAUAGUGCUGAGGUCCAAAUGCAGCCUAUUGAGUUCCGCGUGGUGAAGAGCGAGCUGGCCGUGGCGCUUAGAGAAAUCAAGCGCAAGCUCAAGGACGCAGGCUUUCGCAAGUGCGUCUGCCACCAAACUUUGUCGCUCUGCACUUGCCGCGAUGAGCAGGAGAAGGCAGAGCUUAGCCAGGCGCUGCAGGCAGAGUGUCCGAGUCGUCGCAUGCAAAGCUGCGUGCAGGAGCAUUUGAUAUUAACCGAUACCAGUGACAGUGAAAUUGAAUUUGAUUUUGAUGUAACGCCGCCUGCAGGCAUCAAGAAGUGUAGUCGCUCCUAUAAGCCCCAAUUGACAACGACAACGACACAAACAAACAAAGCUGAUGUCAAACUAGCGCCUACAUAUCCCAUGCCGCUCGAUCCUUACUAUCGCCCAUAUGACUGCGCUGUAGCUGAUCGUUUCAUCAAUACAGCUUACGGCCAGCCGGGUGAAAUUAUCUUUGAGGAUGGCGUGUUUGCCUAUAGGCAGGGCGGGCCACAUGGCUUGUCUGCGCAGGCGGGCGGCAGGCCCAAGAGCAAGCUCAUUUGGGGCGAAGCUCGUGGCGGGCCCAUGCGCGGCGGUGGACGUUUUCUGCCACAAGUCUUUGGCGGCAAGUCAUUUCCAUAUGCUCCAAAGCCCAAAGGCAAAAAGAGCAGCAAACCAAUACCGGUUCGCAUGCCCCAGCGUUUCUACAAAGCAGCUGAGGAAGCUAAGGCCAAAGAAGCUGCAGCGGCGGAAAAGGCGAAAGCCAAGAAGGCCCCGGACAUGAUGAAGUACAUGAUGGCCAAGGGAGCCAUUUCCGUGCCCUGGAAUCCAAAUGCCAAUGCCUACUAGCAACACAUUUUACUCU